AUGGCGCUGCACACACUUGUGGGAAUAAAUCUCACCCGUUUGUUACCGGAGAAUUUGUUAUCUCCGGCGAUUUUCAAAACUCGAUGUUCCUCCGCCGUCUCCGAUUUCUCCACCGCCUGUGAAACCGAACCCUUUACUUCUUCGGUUUACUAUUUGUUGGCGCACAAGCACCGUUUGUCUCAUGAUGUGGCUUCACGCGCCGCCUCCGUUUUGAAUCCUUUGGGCCCCCAGGAAAAAUACGGUUCAGUACUCGCCUUCUUCGUGCAGAUGGGCUUCAGGAAAGCCCAGCUGGAGAAAAUCUUGAAUGUCCGGCCCCUACUGCUCGCCGCCGAUCUUGAGGGAACCAUCAAGCCCAAAAUCAAGAUAUUCGAGGACCUAGGCUUCUCCUCGGAAGAAAUUGCCGACAUAGUCUCGAAGGAGCCAAUGAUUCUGCACACCAGCCUGUAUAAAAGAAUCAUCCCCGCAUUGGCCUGGUUAAGGGACUUGUUGGGUUCGAAUGAGAAGGUGGCCGGGGUUCUGAGAAAAGCUGGUCGGCUGCUGACGACCGAUCUUGAAACACACACUUUGCCCAACGUCCAACUCUUGAUGAGCCAUGGGAUGACAAAAGAGGAUGUAGCCAAGCUCAUCUAUUAUUACCCGCGAGUCAUACUGUACAAUCGAGAAACUCUUAGCAGAUGCUUGGACACCAAAGACAAAAUGGGCAUUUCCUGGAGUUCAAAAAUGUCCGUUUAUGCUGUCUGGGUCAUUUGCUCGAUGCCCAAUGGUAGUUGGGAAAGCAAACUGCUGGCUUUUCAGGAAAUUCUGGAAUUCUCGAACUAUGAAAUGAUUAGGACUUUGAGGCAGAGCCCCGUGAUUUUCUGUGUUUCCGAAGAUAAGAUGAGAAGGGUGAAACAGAUUGUGGUUGGUACUGGGAAAUAUGAUACAUCAUCGAUUGCUGAAUACCCGAGGGUGCUCAUGUUCAGCAUCGAGAGGCGGCUCAAGCCGAGGUUUGAGGUUCUGGGGAAGCUGGAGAGUAGGGGCCUGCUUAAAGAGUGGCCUUCUCUUGAAUAUGCUUGCCGAUUGGCAGACAAGAAACCUGCUAGGAGUAAGCGACAUCCUACAAAUCCCUCAAGUCCACCAUUGACAAGUGCCUCCAAAAAGCUCGAGGCGAUGAAGAUGGCCGACGCAAACCCCACCACCGCGGCCCUUCUCAAGAAAUCUUCCAAGAACACGAAGAUGGAUCGCGUAGAGAACUCGCUGAAGGAGUCCAGCCGCGACCUCUCGAUGUUCAAGUUCAAAUCCGACGCGCACGAAAAAUGA